GGGAAUCCGACACAAGGGUCUGUACAUUAGCGGUAUAACGUUGCACCACACACUUCCUAUGGAAAGUACUAUCCCAUACUGUGAGUACAGCGUCUGACGUCAAAGACAAGACAAAGAACUACAUUUCCCUGCGUGCCCUGGGCAGUUAGUCUUUACUGCGCACGCGCCUCUUGCCCCGCCCUUCCCGUGAGGAGUAUUAGCUGAGCGCGGGGGUUGAUGGGAGGGCUGAAAGGCGCGAGCGUUCCUGGGAAGUGUAGUUCGUGCCUAUAGAAAUAGGCCGGCUUAUGCAGUUGUAGCCGCGGCUCUCGGACUACAAGGGCAGUAAUGCAUUGCGGCUGAACUGUAUCUCCGGUGUUCCCUGAGACGGGAGAGCAGGCGGCUCGGGAGGGGUUGGAUCCCAAGUGGCAGCGAAUUAGACCGGACUGGGGCAACUUAUUGACUGGGGGUAAUUGUGUCUGAGCUGAGGGGCGGCAGGAGCUGCACAUUCGCCCCCCGGAGGGGCAGUUACUGCCUGAGAGGAACUCGCGCCAGACUCACUUCUGCCCCGCCGGGGGUAUCGGGAGCUGAACCUGAACAUGCUGGAGACAACCAAUGGGGAGGCGAGUCCUGAAGCCCCCCCAGAAACGCUCGCGCACGGUGGAAGACUUUAAUCGAUUUUGCAGUUUCGUGCUGACGUACGCUGGGUACAUCCCCACCCCCGCUACAGAGGAGCGUCCAUGGACCCCUCCAAGCUCUGUGUCUCCCCACCGAACAGAGGAAAGCGACGGCUGGGACUCCUCCCCACAACUCCCAGUACCCUCUGACCCCCCUCAACCCCCCGCAACCUCUGAUAUCAGCACUAUUGAGACUUUUGUUAUGAAAGCCAAGUCCCAGGGAGGGGGGGGCAACAGCAUCAUGAAGACUGGGGGGCCCAUAGGCGGCAGCGGGGAGCAAGUGAAAAAGGGCAGUCGCAGGAAAAGGCGGCAGUUGCACCGGGGGGGCGUGACGAUGAGUGAUACGGAUACGGACGAGGAGGAGAGGGACGAGAGACCCGCGGGGUCACUACCUGCCCCCCAACUGCCCCCCAGUGCAGAAAGCAGCCGAGAUGGAGGCGGGAGCUCCAGUGAUACCGACACCCAAGUGAUGGAUGAGGAUAUUAUGGUGGAGUCAGGGGACGACUCGUGGGACCUGGUGACGUGUUACUGUGAGAAGCCGUUCGCUGGGCGGCCGAUGAUCGAGUGUAACAUUUGCUGCACGUGGGUGCACUUGUCCUGCGCAAAGAUCCGCAAGAGUAACGUCCCUGAUGUCUAUUACUGCCAGAAGUGCAGGGGGGGACGGGGGUCAGGGGGCACAGCGCUAAAGGAAGAGCCAUGACUCCGCCCCUGACCCCAAAUACAGAGACUGAGGGGCGCAGUGUACCCCACCCUAGAGCUUGUGGAACAUUUGUCUUUAGCUCAUCACAAUGGACCAAGGCGAGAAGGGAAAGACUGUGGGGGCAGGUAAUUUUGUGGGGUGGGAGGGGCAUCCACAGAGGGGGUGGAGUGAACUUUCCAUGUGAUCUGCCCCUGCAGAGUCCCUACUCCCCUGGGAGCAUUUAUUUGUAUGUCCCGGGGUGGGGGUGCGGCUUGUGUAAAUAAUGGACAGAAUCUUUAUUUUUUUUUCUCUCUCCUGUAAUAAAUAACGUUUGUACCCUCUAAUAAAGGUUACUCUGUGUA